AUGCUCGCAGUCAGGUGCUCUCGCGAGAUUCUGACGUGCUCGAACUGCGCGAAGCGAGGCGAAGAGUGCAGUCUGGGCGAACCUCAGCAGGAGAGCGAGGUCGUGCUCGCCCCGCCUGCGAAGAAGGCGAAGAGGAAGGCGGGCGACGGCGCGAAGGAGACGCCUGCGAUGAUCUCAGUCAAGGAGAAGGAGAACCUCCCGCCCCGCCGCAUCUCCCCUCCUUCGCCCGUCUCAAGGUCGCAAUCCAUCCAGAUGCCGCCUCCGACGCAGCGCGAAGCGACGCCUGAACAGCAAGAAGUGCCACCGGUCGUCGCAGAGGCCGCUCCUCGCCCUCCUCGCCAGCUUUUCCCCUCGUUCCCCGUCGGCGCCGCGUCUGACGCUCCCUUCGAGAAGAUCGCUUUGCAAGGCGUCAACAUCGCGGCGUUGGCAGCAGAACUUCGCACCUGCGACCACACUUACCAAGCGCCCGGCGGACCGAACCCUCCGAUGCUCUUCCCCUCGCCCUCCUCGAACCAGGACGUCCCACAGCCGUCAGCGCAGCAAGCCCACACCUGCAUCUCGACGUACAUGACCCGUGUCGAACCGUCUCUCCAGCUCUUCGCACCCGCCCACGCGCGCCAGGCUUUCCUCGCCGGCGGGAUGAGCAUGUGGAAGACGGGCGAGGUGCCCGGCCCCAGCGGCUGGCUCGCUUGCUACCUCGCUGCACUCGCGCAUGGCGCUAUGAGCAUGACGAAGGAGGAGUGGCACUUGAGCGGCAGGUUCGACGCGAGGGAGGCGACGGCGAGGGAGUGGCUGCUUGAGGCGGGCAGGUCGCUGGCAACCGAGUACUUCACUCGCAAACCGACGAUGGCAGGUCUGCGCGCCUGCCUCCUCAUCCUCCACUACCACCUGCUCGGCUUCGGAGGUCCUCCCGACGUCCCGACUAUCAUCGCCUUCCUCCCCGUCAUUGUCAGGGCGGCAUGCGAACUUGGCCUCCACCAGGAGCCGCAGGAGACGGGUCCGCUCGCCGACGAGAAGAGGGCGUUGUGGGCCAAGAUCUACGAGCUUGACGUGACGUGGGCACCGCUUCUCGGGACGAGGCUCUCCUUCUGCCCGUCCGAAGUCUCAACGAGGCUGCCCGACGGUCCUUCUGCUCAGCACAGGAACGUCGCCUCGGGCACCUUCUACGCGACCCUCGCCUUCUCCGUCAAGCUCACCCACCUCCUCAACCUCCCUCACCUGCCCGCCUCGUUCGACCUCCUCGUCCUCUCGAAUGAGCUCAAGGGGAUCAGGAAGGUGUUUGAGCCGGAAGACGCGCCGAGCGAGCCCCUCACCGAACUGCUCGUCGACCUCCAGACGUUCCGCCUCCAGGCUGCGCUCGACGAGGCAGGCACGACGAGUUCUGAAGCGACGGAGGAAGCUUGGCGUAAUGCAGCCUACGAGCUCCUCAACACCAACCCGACCGACUGCCCGCAGCCGCUGCACCUCCUCAUGGUCAUCGCAUUUUUCCACUCGCUCAUCCUGGUCGUCCUUCGCUGGCGCACCGACAAGGUGUUCCACCCCUCGUUCGCCGACUCGCUCGUCUCGGACGUGCUCGCCAAGCUCGCCAAGCUCGAGUCGUCGUCGUGGCCCAUCCCGCUCCACCAGACGAUCCAGCGCGGCAUCCUCACCGUCCGCGCGCUCGUCCAGCUCCCGCCAACUGCCAACCUUCACGACGUCGAGGGGUGA